AUGAAUUACAAUUGGAAACUUCCUGUAAUAUUAGUUUCAAUAGCUAGCAUACUUAUUUUAACUUAUAAUAUUAUAAACGAAGAUAUACCAACAAGUGCGACAAUGCUACUACCUAUAUUAACAACAUUACCUAAAGUGAUAACAAUUACUGAUCCAAAGGAUAGAUUAAUAUUCAUUGGUGAUGUUCAUGGACAAUUUAAUGAUUUUCAAGAAAUGAUAGAUAAGAAAAUUGGAACAUUAGAUUCUCAUACAACAGUUAUAUUAUUGGGGGAUUUUUUAGUAAAGGGACCAGAUUCUUUAAAAGUUGUGGAUUAUAUUUUAUCACAUCAAGAUAAUAUUAAAUUUGUAUUUGGUAACCAUGAAAUAUUAUUAUUUUUAGCAUAUGUUCAAGAAUAUCUUGACUUAACUCAUGAUCAUUUAUCAUUCACAACUGAUAAAAAUUUCCCACCAAAAACUUUUAAACCACCAAAGAAGAUUCAUAAAGAAUUAGUUAAAAAAUUAGGACCAGAAAGAUUGCAUCGUUUGGCUUCAAUUGGUUCAGUCACUCUACGGUUUGAUUUAACAUUAACUAGUGAGAUAUUAUUUGCAGUUCAUGCAGGUAUGUUACCAGGUGAUUUCAUAGAAAAGAAUCAAAUUCCUCCAAUUGUUGAAUUAAUUGAUAUGAAAUAUGUUAAUGAACAUGAUUGGACAAAGAGUGCAAGAGAAGAAGAUGAUGUGAAAAAUAGUAAGAGAUGGUAUAAAUUAUGGGAUGAAAGUGAUAAAAAAUUUGAUAAUAUUACUGUGUUAUAUGGCCAUGAUGCAAAGAAAGGUUUAAAUAUAAGAAAACACACGAAGGGUCUUGACUCUGCAUGUGUCAAAGGUGGUCAAUUGACAGCAUUAGAAUAUACUUAUGAUAGUGCAAAGGGACAUUACAUUACUACAUUACAUCAAGUACAAUCUAGUUCAAGCAUAUAG